UGGAGGAGAGGGUCGGACUACACCGGGUGUUGCUCACACCAAGUUCUGCUCUGUCGCAAACUAAACACAAACACCAACAACAGAAUGGCAAGUUCUGCCUCGCUGGAGACGGUGAUGUCCUGCGGGAGGACCGGGCCGUCCGCGGCUCCGAAGACCCUGGCCUUCUCCAUAGACCGGAUCAUGUCCAAGAGCUCGGAGCCGAAGGGGAGCACGGAAGAGCGGUCGGAGGGGAAGAAGCUGCUGGGACUGUGCUCCCCGAUCCCCUGCAUGAUCCCGCUGCAGCCCUUCAGCUACGACCUCCAAGCCAAGGCGCUGAUGAACUACUCCGAGCUGUGGAGGGCCAGUUUGAGAGGGACUUUUUGCGGUUCCGCAGCCGCUCCGUGCAAAGGGAACUGCGGCUUGUGCGGCAAAGCUGAGCCGAGUUUGAAGCAGCCGCUGCUGACGCCGGGGAGCAGGGUGGUGAAGCCGCAGGUCAUCCACCAGGCCGUGGCCGUGCCCAGCGGCGGCUCGCUCUACUAUCUCAACUACCUGGACUCUGCGUACCAGCAGUCGGAGCUGCUGGCCGGACACUGGGUCUCCAGUCCGCAGGCCCAGGCGUCUCUGUCGGCGCACCACAGACUCUUGCUGCUGGAGAACGCCAAGCUGUCAGGGGUCGGGACCGACAAGCUGCCAACACCUCAGUACCCGCACAAAGAACAUCUGCCGGGGCAGCUGGACCAGAUAGUGAAGGAGAACCACGGCCUGAGCGCCGAGAAGAACGGCGUCAAGACUCACAGCAAGCUGAGCGGCAGCGGCGCCGCGGACGGGAAGCCCAAGAACUUCACGUGUGAAGUGUGUGGAAAGGUUUUUAACGCGCAUUACAAUCUGACCAGACACAUGCCGGUGCACACCGGGGCCCGGCCCUUUGUGUGUAAAGUGUGCGGCAAAGGCUUCCGACAGGCCAGCACUCUGUGCAGACACAAGAUCAUCCACACACAGGAAAAGCCUCAUAAAUGCAACCAGUGUGGAAAAGCGUUCAACAGAAGCUCGACGCUCAACACGCACGUCCGGAUCCACGCCGGGUACAAACCGUUCGUGUGUGAGUUCUGUGGGAAAGGUUUCCACCAGAAAGGAAACUACAAGAAUCACAAGCUGACGCACAGCGGAGAGAAGCAGUACAAGUGCUCCAUCUGCAACAAGGCCUUCCACCAGAUCUACAACCUGACCUUCCACAUGCACACGCACAACGACAAGAAGCCCUUCACCUGCACCACCUGCGGCAAGGGCUUCUGCCGCAACUUUGACCUGAAGAAACACAUCAGGAAGCUGCAUGACAACGGCUUCUCUGCGGCCACAGAGGCCUCCAGACAGCUGCAGAGCUGAGCCACACAC